CAAGGUUCCAAUGAUAAGAUGGGUUGGGUUCUCUUCAUUGUGAGUGACACACACCAAAAAAAAGAAGAGAAUACUUUUGUUUAUUUAUAAUAGUAAUUAUUAAUCCUCUCUUGGGAUUGGGUGUUCUUCUUCUUCUCUUUUUGUCUUCAACUGUUCGAAGUUCUCCUCUUUUCUUGUGUGCUCCCUGGUUCAGCCACAUCAAUAUCCACAAUCUAACCUCUGAAGUCUCGUUUUCAGACAAGACAUCAAAAUCUGAUGAGAAACUCACUGUAAUAAACAUUUUCAAGAAAAUCCAUGGCGGUUUAUUACCAAACUAGUGUCGGGAUGCAACCUCUGUACCAAGAACCCAUCUACCUCAGCGAACAACAACAGCAACAGCAAGCUUCUUCUUCCUCCGCCGAGAUAAUCUCCGGCGGAGGCGGUCUCGAAGUCCCAAACUCGGGCAGCGGUGUACAAAACGAGAUGCUUUUUAUCCCACCAACAACAAGCGCUGGUCUUAACGGAAGCGUAACGGUUUCAAGCAACGAUCUAAGCUUCCACGGUGGAGGACUUUCUUUAAGCCUGGGUAACCAGAUCCAAUACCAUUACCAGAACCUCCCGAACCAGUUGAAUUACAAUCCUUCUCUGUCUAAUGAGAAUGGGAAGAGUCCUUCCUCUGGUUACAUCAACGGAGUUGGACUCUACAACAACUACCGUUACGAGACGACAGGGUUCGUGAGUAGCGUUCUAAGAUCUCCUUACCUUAAACCAACACAGCUAUUGCUAGAUGAAGUUGUUAGCGUCAGGAAAGAUAGUAACAAGAAGACCAAGAACAACAACGAAAAAGGUCAAGACUUUACUAAUGGGUCUAGUGAAAACAACACAGAUAAUAAGGAGUUAUCUUCUUCAGAACGUCAAGAGCUUCAGAGCAAGAAGAACAAACUCUUAACAAUGGUCAACGAAGUAGACCAAAGGUACAACCAAUACCACCACCAGAUGGAAGCAUUAGCUUCCUCUUUCGAGAUGGUAGCUGGUCUCGGAGCAGCUAAGCCUUACACAUCAGUGGCUCUGAACAGAAUCUCUCGCCAUUUUCGAUGUUUGAGGGAUGCGUUAAAAGAGCAGGUUCAGGUGAUUAGAGGGAAGCUUGGGGAGGAGAAGGAGUCUUGUGAAGAGCAAGGAGAGAGGAUACCGCGUCUUAGGUAUUUAGAUCAGAGGCUGAGACAACAGAGAGCUUUGCAUCAACAGCUUGGAAUGGUUAGACCUUCUUGGAGACCGCAAAGAGGCUUACCUGAAAACUCUGUCUCUAUACUCCGCGCUUGGCUCUUUGAGCAUUUCCUUCAUCCUUAUCCUAAGGAGUCAGAGAAGAUCAUGCUUGCUAAACAGACAGGACUAUCGAAAAACCAGGUUGCUAACUGGUUUAUUAACGCGAGAGUUCGGCUAUGGAAACCGAUGAUUGAGGAGAUGUAUAAAGAAGAGUUUGGAGAUUCAUCAUCAGAGUUACUCUCUAACUCUAAUCAAGACAAAGACAACAACAAAAUGAAGGAAACAUCUCAGCUCAAACAUGAAGACUCUUCUUCUUCGCAACAACAGAGUCAUGGAAACAACAACGUCCCAUAUACAUCUGAUGCAGACCGUUCUACUAGUGGAGAUUACGACAGCUUGAUGAACUAUCAUCAAGGGUUUGGUGUGGAUGAUUACAACCGUUACAUUGGCCUUGGAAACCAGCAAGAUGGUAGAUUCUCUAAUCCCCAUCAAUUACACGACUUUGUUGUCUGAAAACGUUUCUGAGCUUUUGAUAAGCUCAAGAACUGGCAAUGCCAGUGAUUGGAUUGGGGGGUAAUGAUUCUUGAAGCGCAAGAAAGAUGCGCUUUUUGCAUUCUUAUAGAUAGGGGGAUACACAAUAUAUAUAUCUGUAAUAUUUCCUGGUGGUGGCAUUAGUCUUCAGGUUUGUAUAUGAUACUGAGCUAGACUUUGGUAAGCCAAUAUUGUAUUGUUUUGUGUAUAAAUAUAAUCUUCAAGUGUGACAAGAUUUUUCUUUAA